AUGAGUUCAGAUAAUGCGAGAACUCCUCGGAAAGCUUCAGCUACGUCGGCCUCGCCUGACAAAGCUUCGCCGUCCGAGACCCCCAGUGCCAAGAAAACGGUGCAGUAUGGGCUUGGCAGGUUCUGGAGUCCAAGCGACAAGGACAAACCGGUGCUUGAAGCUACGCUCUUUUCCGGAAAGAGGGACCGCAGGACGACUGAGCACCGAAUACAGGACACGCUGCAGAAGCUUGUGACUGAUGGAGUUUUGAAGGUGGAGAGCGAUGCCAGCCUGAGCAUGGAACCUCUGGCCAAACGGCUGAAAGCAUCCAUGACAUCCGGCCGGCCACGCAAGAAUCCGGAGGAGCUGCGAGGCACGGCAGGUGGCAAAAGCAGCAACCGAAGAUAUGCUGGGCAGACCUUGUUGCGACAGGAGAUACCUGUUGCUGUCAAGGACAAAAUGUGCCAGCAGAUUUUGUCGCAGGUGGCUGGUUUUGCAUCGAUGCCUGAGUUCUUUCGGCACUUUGCGGCAGCUUUUGACAUGUCCUUGGACAAGCUCAAAGAAAUGUACAGCCUGAAGGAUGCCUGGGCUGCUACAGUGAAGAAGUUGAACCUCAGCACGAGUGCUUCUGUCUGCCACAAAGAAGCUGGCCUGAAGCAUGGCAAGCGCGGGCAUGCAAAGCCGAGGCUGAGGCAACCUGGUGGAGGACGGAAAAAAGACUGGCCUGAGGCAGUCGAUGCUUGCAAGACCUUUUUGGAGAUGGAGCGUGCCCAUGGGCACACCGUGCUAAAACGCCACCUUCUUUGGCGGUUUUGUGAGGAGGUGGAGAAGCUGGGUGUUGCAGCAAGGGCUGAAGCUAUGGAGAUGAGCGAACUGGACCCACGCAGGCGACCUUUGCUGAAAAAGGCAGAGAAGGCUCAGCAGCAAGUCAAGCGCUUGCUCAGCAACGACAAGCUGGGUCUUGCAAAAGCAGGUCAGGUGGCUGAGUGGGUUGGGGCCAAGGACUUGUGUCCGAACUUGAAGACAACUAUGUCUGAGAUAGAGCAGCGAGUCUCAGCAGAGCUGACAUGGCAGGCUCACGAUGCUGACCUCCGUUUGCUUGCGUAUGGCAACGAGGAGGAGUUGAAGCCGUUGUUCGCCAAGCCGUCUGAGUUCAUGGCCGUGAAGAAGACUUCCUCCAAGGAGCUCUUCGCAGAGUUCGAGCAUGCUGCUCGCCCUCAGUCUGAGGUGAGGAGUGCCACGAGGAACUUGCUGGCUGACUUUGAAGCGGUGUCUGAGGAGCCUGGCCGUUUGUCUCUGGUCGCCCAGCCGCAGCCGGCUGAGUUGUCUCGUACCGGCAAGAAGCACCCGACGACCCGCAAGGACCCGGAUGGGGACAGGUACCGCCUGACGUAUGAGGCCAGGCAAGGCAUCCUGCACUACUUCGACGAGUCCAAAGACCCGGUUGGAGUUGUGCUGCCUGGGAUGGUUAUAGUGGCUGGUGUUCACGCUGAGCUUAGCAACAUAGACGAGCGAGGCCUGUGGCGUACUACCCGUACUUUCCAGUAUGGUGGCCAAGUUAUCCAGCAGAAGGCCGGCAUGAGUGCGGGGCGAACGCUCUACUCGUGGCGACUGCUUCGCCAGAGACGGCCUGAGCUGAUGUCUGAGGUCGAAGUCUACUCCCAACCAGCGGCGAUGGUCGACAGUGUCAUCAUGUGUUGGUGCAUCGCCAGAGCGGCUGAGACCUAUGCAUCUUCGUACUGGAUCCGAGACUGCCUGAAGAGUGCCUUUACGGAGGAGGCUGGGAAGGCACGCUUCGCGGCCCACCAGUUGCAAGGUGUGGUGGCCGCAAAGAUGACUUCGCAACUUCAGGUGACUGACACUGAUUUCAGUUCCCUUUUCAAGAAGGAGUGCCUGAAGUGCAUGGACAACCUCCGCUACAAUGGGCAGAAGCAGACUGAGGGCUCAACUGUCUGGAAACCGUCGUCUGAGGAUAUGCUCACGGCGAUCGUGACAGCUCAGAGAGUUCUGUCUGAGAAGAACCAGCGAGACGGCUGGGUGCUGGCGUCUUGCCGGCGAAACGGGUUUCUUGCUUUGAGACCCACAAAAGAUGGUUUCGUGCGAAGCGACGAGCAGUCGUGGGCGAGAGACCUUCCGCUUGGCUCCAGCCGUAUAAGCAGUGCUUGGCUGACCAACCGCCUGACCCACUGGCUCGAGGGUGCGGCUGACCUGGCAGACCUCCUGGAGUGGGACUUCGUUGACAAGUCUGACAAGGAGAAGACGGACCUCGUCCUGCCGAUUGACGACAAGGAGCUGGAGGCGCCUGAGUGGAGCCAGCUGGCCGGCUUCCAAUUGUCUUUGGACCUGCGCCGCUCACGGUGGCUGAAGGCCAACAAGGAGUUGCAGUCUGAAAAAGCUCCUUGGCUGUCUGUGUUGAAAGCUAUAGUUCCCCUUGCAGGCAAGGGCAACCAGGCCAAAAACAAGAAGAAGAAGAAGAAGAAGAAGAAGAAGAAGCUGUCGUUCGCCAAAAAGCAGAAGCUGUCUGUGAAGAAGAACGUGUUGAGGCAGCAGGUUCGUCGUCUGAAGGUGGCUAAACAGCCAUUGCCUGACGCUCCGGCGUCUGCGCCUGUGGCCUUGCCUGAGGAGGCUCCUACGUUUGCACUUGUGGCCUUGCCUGAUGAGGCUCCUCCUUCAGGAGUCUUCCGAGUGGUGUCAGAUGUGCUGGGAGAAUCUUGCUACGGCCUGACGGGCACCUUGCAGAAGGCCACAGCGACUGAUGGGCUGCUUUUGCCGCUCAAGAAGGGGAAGUCCCAGUGGGUGCCGAGGAGUGUUCUGCAUCUGCUGCUGGACAUCGAUGGAGCAGAGGAGGUGGACAAUGUGGAGAUUGUGCAGCCUGACACACUACCACGUGGCGGUUUGCGAGACCAAACCAUGGCAAUGGGUUGGGAAGCCAUAGGGUGGGCUUUGGGCUGCGACGAUUCUGUUGUGGGCGUCAAUCCUGUCUUGACGCAUUUUUUCUUGCAGCACCAGCAAUAUGAGGCUGACCCCGAACACGGCCCUGUGGUGACUGAGCUGCACCGACUUCUCAGCACCGACAAGCUGGUCUUGUUUCCCGUCUAUGCAAGCCACCACUGGACGCUGUUGUGCGUGGACAAGCGAGCUGCAGAUGUACGUGUCAAAUACUUCGACUCGUUGACUGAACUGCAUGAGCCCACACGGGCGAAGGCUGAGCAGCUUUUGGUGUCCUUGCUGCAUGAUCGUGCACAGCAGUGGCUCCCCUUGACCAGGCACAACCUGAGAGUCAGACAGACCCCGGGCAAAGUCAGCUGUGGAUUGUUCGUGCUGUCUUGGAUGGAGUCUGAGGCGGCUGAUGCCGUAGGCUAUGGACCAUGUGCUCCAGAAUGGCCUUCCACCGCCGUGGUUACAUGGCACGAAAGACUGAGGAGAAUCAGUCUGCAGCUUGUGGCUGAGAAAGCCAAGUUCGAAGGGGAACUGCAGAAAGAGCUUGAGGCAAUCGUCAAGGCCGCACAAUGA